GCUUGCGGCGGCGGUUGGCGGGCGGGCUUCCGCCGUUGGGACCGCCGCGGCCUGGUCGCUCAGGCUCGGACGCCGCGUCAGGCGGGCUGGGGGUGGGUGAAGCCCGCUGCGGCCUUGGGAGGGCCGGGCGGGGCGCAGGCGGGGAGCCUGGGGAAGGGCGGCGGCUAUGCCGGACCAGCUGGGCCGCGGCUGGUUCUGCGCAGGGCCCACGUGCAGCCGAGGCCCUUGGAGGCUGAGACCCUCCAGUUUCCUGCUGCGAACCCUGUAUUUCUGACCUAAAUCCCCUUCUCUGCAGCCUGAGCCCCCAACCCUGCUGAGAGCUUCGUAUUUCCGGCCUGGUCCCUAUCUUCUGCAGCCUGAACCCCAUAUUUCCGGCUUUAUACCCCUCUUCUGCAACAUGAGCCCCAAGUUUCCCACCUUCUCCCCCUCUUUACAGCCUGAACCCUGGUCCCCUGCUGAGACCCCGAGUUUCCUCCUGGAAGCCCCGUAUUAACCCGAUACCUUGACCUCUGCAGUAUCAACCAACAUUUGCCUUUCUGUACAGUCUGAAUCGGGAGUUAAUUGCUUGGUACCCCAUCUCUGCAGCCAGAAUCUGUGUCCUUGCUGAGGAUUCUGAAUUUCCUGCCUCAUUUCUUCCCUUUGGAUCCCCUCUCUGCAGUCUAAGCCCCAAUUUGCUGCUCAGACCUUAUCCCUGUUGUGAACCCCGAGUUUUGAGUCAAAAUCGCAGUCUUUGUGGCCCACAUUCCCUCUAGCCUGACCUCCCGUUCAUUGCUUUAAACCUGUAUUUCCUGCCGAACUCAAGUUUCUGCAGCCUGAAUCUCAGUCCCUUUGGUGAACCCGGUCUUUGCUUCCUUAAGUUACCCACUUCUGUGGACCUGAUCCCUGCUGCAAACCCCACGUCUUCUACCUGACUCUCCUACCUCCUCCCUUACCUUGGACCCCAUAUUUGCUGCCCAAGCCCCAGUCCCUGCUACCUGAGCCUCAUCUUUUGUUACCUGAAUUCCCAUAACCGCCGCGGCCAGCGUCCUUGUUGCCUCCUGAAACCCCAGCCUGCUUUAAUGAACUCCUGUCUUUGCUGGGAACCCUGUACCCCUCUGGAGAGCCUCUCCUGCUUCUAUGAGCCCUUCUACCACAUACACCCUUGUUUCUGCUGGGACCUCUGGCAUCAGUAGCACCGUGAGCCCAGACAUUCCUCUCUGAGUCAUGACGGAUGCCAAGUAUGUCCUCUGCCGAUGGGAGAAGCGACUGUGGCCUGCAAAGGUUUUGGCCAGAACUGAGACUUCAGCAAAAAACAAGAGAAAAAAGGAAUUCUUUCUAGAUGUUCAAAUACUCUCACUAAAGGAAAAGAUCCAGGUUAAGAGCUCAGCCGUGGAGGCACUGCAGAAGUCACACAUUGAGAACAUUGCCGCCUUCUUGGCCUCUCAGAAUGAAGUCCCAGCUACUCCUCUGGAGGAGCUGACUUACCGACGGUCCCUGCGAGUGGCCCUGGAUGUCUUGAACGAGAGGACCAGUUUGAGUCCUGAAAGUCAUCCAGUCGAAAAUGGGAGCACACCAUCUCAGAAGGGCAAGCCAGAUGCAGAUAUGGCCUCGCAGGUCUCUAGUGCUCCUUCUCCAUCUUUUCUCAGUGAAGAUGAUCAGGCUGUGGCAGCCCAGUGUGCAUCCAAGAGGAGGUGGGAGUGCAGUCCAAAAAGCCUGUCGCCGUUGUCUGCCUCGGAAGAGGAUCUCAGGUGCAAAGUGGACCCCAAGACAGGCCUCUCAGAGAGUGGAGCCCUGGGGACUGAAGUGCCUGCCCCCACUGGGGAUGAGUCUCAGAAUGGCUCUGGGUCACAGCUGGACCAUGGACAGGAGAGCACAACCAAAAAGAGACAGAGGAAUUCGGGAGAGAAACCUGCCCGGCGCGGAAAAGCAGAGUCUGGCCUUUCCAAGGGAGACAGUGUCGCAGAGAGCGGAGGACAGGCAAGCAGCUGUGUGGCCCUGGCUUCACCCAGGCUGCCCUCCCAAACCUGGGAGGGGGAUCCAUGUGCUGGAGUCGAAGGCUGUGACCCAGUUGAGUCAUCCGGCAACAUCAGGCCGCUUCUGGACUCUGAGAGAAGCAAAGGACGCCUCACAAAGAGGCCACGCUUGGACGGAGGCCGGAACCCACUGCCCAGACAUCUAGGAACCAGAACUGUGGGGGCAGUGCCCUCCCGUAGGAGCUGCUCUGGGGAGGUCACGACGCUGCGCAGGGCUGGAGACAGUGACAGACCAGAGGAAGAUCCUAUGUCUUCAGAAGAAUCUACAGGGUUCAAGUCCGUCCACUCCCUGCUGGAGGAGGAGGAGGAGGAGGAGGAGGAGGAGGAAGAGGAGGAGGAACCACCCCGGAUCCUUCUGUAUCACGAACCACGAUCAUUUGAAGUAGGAAUGCUGGUCUGGCUUAAAUACCAAAAAUACCCAUUCUGGCCAGCCGUGGUCAAGAGUGUCCGGCGGAGGGACAAGAAGGCCAGUGUGCUCUUCAUUGAGGGCAACAUGAAUCCCAAGGGCCGAGGAAUCACCGUGUCGCUGCGACGGCUCAAGCACUUUGACUGCAAGGAAAAGCAUGCACUACUGGACAGAGCCAAAGAGGACUUUGCCCAGGCUAUUGGCUGGUGUGUCUCGCUUAUCACUGACUACCGCGUGCGGCUGGGCUGCGGCUCCUUCGCCGGGUCGUUCUUGGAAUAUUACGCUGCUGAUAUCAGCUAUCCUGUGCGCAAGUCUAUCCAACAGGACGUCCUGGGGACCAGGUUUCCUCAGCUGGGCAAGGGGGACCCUGAGGAGCCUAUGGGGGACAGCCGGCUGGGACAGUGGCGGCCAUGCAGGAAGGUGCUGCCUGACCGCUCCAGGGCUGCCCGGGAUAAAGCCAACCAGAAGCUGGUGGAGUACAUCGUGAAGGCCAAGGGUGCAGAGAGCCACCUGCGGGCUAUCCUGCACAGCCGCAAGCCCUCACGCUGGCUGAAGACGUUCCUGAGCUCCAAUCAGUACGUGACAUGCAUGGAGACGUACCUGGAGGAUGAGGCGCAGCUGGAUGAGGUGGUGGAGUACCUGCAGGGCGUCUGCCGAGACAUGGAUGGCGAGAUGCCUGCGCGCGGCAGCGGCGACCGCAUCCGUUUCAUCCUGGAUGUGCUGCUGCCUGAGGCGAUCAUCUGCGCCAUCUCGGCAGUGGAGGCAGUGGACUACAAGACAGCCGAGCAGAAGUACCUCCGUGGCCCCACACUCAGCUACCGGGAAAAGGAAAUCUUUGACAAUGAACUCCUGGAGGAGAGGAACCGUCGCCGUCGCUGAUGCCGUAGUCUCCACCUGGCCAGCACCGUGUCUGUGGCCUGCCAGAGGCCUGUGAGAAUGUGCUAGAAGCAAGAGGCCUAGUAAUGUGCUGACUUUGAUCUGUGCAUGGGUUCUGCGUCUUCAGCCCUGAGCCUGGGAGAUCAGAGGCCAUCUUCACACUAGAAGACUGCUGCAUCUAUGAACAGCUGCUUCUGGAAGUUUCUGUGUGUGUACGCGUGUAUGUUUGGUUUUAUUUUUUUAAUUAUUAUUUUGUUUAUAAAUGCGUUUGAAUGCA